GCCGCCUCUCCCGCAUGCCCAGCGCCUCUCCUGCCGGCGGACCCGCAGCAGGUUUGCUUUCCCUCUCCCCUUGCGAUUCCAGCCCAGCAAUUCCAUCCUCAGGGAGAAAUCCUUCCUGUAUGGAUCAGCCUUCUAGUGAUGGUGAAACUGGGAGAAGACCACUCUAAGCAAACCCAGGAUGAUUCGGGUCCCAGCUGAUGCAGAAAAUGCUCACAGUAGCAGUGUGGAAUCUUGUCCUUCCUUGCGGGAUGUCCACUCCAUCAACCCCACACAGCUGAUGGCAAGGAUUGAGUCGUAUGAAGGCAGGGAGAAGAAAGGCAUCUCAGAUGUCAGAAGGACUUUCUGUUUGUUUGUUACAUUUGAUCUCUUAUUCAUAACCUUACUGUGGAUAAUAGAAUUGAAUGUAAAAGGAGGCAUUGAGACUACCUUAGAGAAAGAAGUUCUACAUUAUGACUACUCUUCUUCAUAUUUUGAUAUAUUUCUACUGGCAGUCUUUCGGUUUAAGGUGUUAAUACUUGCAUAUGCAAUGUGCAGACUGCGCCAUUGGUGGGCAAUAGCUUUUACAACAGCAGUGACCAGUGCCUUUUUAUUAGCAAAAGUAAUUAUUUCACAGCUGUUCUCACAGGGUGCUUUUGGCUAUGUGCUGCCCAUCAUAUCAUUCAUACUUGCCUGGAUUGAAACUUGGUUCCUGGACUUUAAAGUGUUACCACAAGAAGCUGAAGAAGAAAAUAGAUUUUUGAUAGCACAGGAUGCUUCAGAACGAGCAGCUCUUCUUCACCCAGGAGUCCUCUCUGACGGGCAGUUCUAUUCUCCCCCUGAGUCUGUAGCAGGUUCUGAUGAAGACUCUGAAGAAAAACAAGACAGUGAAAAACCAAUUGUAUAGCAAAUAAGAAAAAGCAG